AUGGAGAAGAAGCCCACCGAGGCCCCCGCCCCUACGCCGGCUAAGAAGUCGUCGUCUUCCUCCAAGGGCGCCCUCGUGGCAAGCGUGCACACCGGCCAGCGCGUGUACGGCGAGGAGCCGGGCUCCCCGCUGCACUCGGAGGACACGUCGAAGGAUGGCUCCGCGGCGGGCGGUCCAGAUCCAGAGGAAUCGCGCCGCCGCAAAUCGACAGACGUGAUGGAGGAGGACCCGCCGCGUCGGCUUCCGGACGACGUGCUCGCGGACAUCCUCGCCCGCCUGGCGCCGGCGCCGCGCAGCCUCGCCGUGUCGCGCUGCGUGUGCAGGGAGUGGCGGGCCGUCGUCGACGACCGCUGCCUCCAUCUGCUGCGCCCGGACCUCCUCCUUCUCACGGUGGGCGGAAUCUUCGUCGACUCGUACUGCACGUAUGAACCGGACUUCUUCGCCCGGCCAUCGACGGCGCGCGGCCGCUGGGUCGCCGGCAGGCUCGAGAGCUUCGUGCGGAUGGACGACAGCAUCGCCGCCGACUAUAGAGAGAUCAUGGACUGCUGCAACGGGCUCCUCCUCGAGGAAUACGAGGUCAUCGUGGUGAACCCGGCGACGAGACGGUCGGCGCGCUUGCCUCGCUGCGUCGGCGUCUUGCCCGUGGGCCACAAGAGCAUCGGUUUGUAUUGGAACUACCUUGCGUUCGAUCCAACGUUGUCGCCGCACUACGAGGUGAUUUCGAUGCAGCAUGAUCCUUUCUACGGCGACGAGGAAAAGAAACGAUUGGAAGGGUUGCAGUGGCCGCCGCCGGUGUACGUCAUGCGUGCCUACUCGUCUAGGACAGGGAGUUGGGAGGAGAGGCUCUUUGCCCUCGACGACGAUGAGGGGCUUCAGAGGAGUAUCGAUGGUGUGAGUGUGAGGCCUUAUGGCCACGCCGCUUAUUGGCGCGGAGUGCUCUAUGUGCAUUGCAACAGCCAUUUUAUUCUCAGGAUAAACUUGUCAGAUGAUAAGUACCAAGUAAUAGAUCUGCCAGCAGACGCUACUGCAAGUGACGAUUUACGUGAAGUUUACCUUGGAAAGUCCAAGAAUGGGAUAUAUUUCGCAGCAAUAGUUAAUGACACAUGUCGAGUCCUCGUUUGGUUCCUUGACGAAUCUGAUGGCAAGAUGGAGUGGGUAUUCAAGAACAUCAUCAACCAGCAUGAUUUGAUAACGCCUUUCUGGGACAGCCCUGAUGCUCAAACCGAUAGACCUUGGAUUCUGCAAGACGAUGACUUACACCAAGAAUUUAAAUUGGGACCAAUAGUGGAGGUGGAAAAGAAUUUAGGUGGGGAUUCUGACGAUGAGAAAGCCGUGGAAAUUAAAGAUUAUUGUGAUACCAACAAUACAUAUAGAUUUAUGAUAUUUGGAUUCCAUCCCUACAAAGAGAUUGUGUUCUUACAUUCUUCGAGAGUCGUGGCAUAUCAUUUUGGCAGCUCCAAGGUUCAAGACUUAGGCGAGUUACCCUUACGCUUCAGAUAUCCUCAUCACACCAUCACAUGA